CACAUGUGAAUCUUGUAAUUGUACCAUAACCUCAUGAAUAAUAUAACUGAAAAUAGCUAACUUCUUCAUACGCAAUAUUUAAAAUGUUCUCACAAGCUAUUUUCGGGAAACCAUUACCGAAAUUUGUGUUAAUACAAGAUACUUACGAAACAAAACAAACAAAACUUGUAGAGUCAAUUGUUCAUAUGCAUAAUGUACAAAGUGUUCCAAAAGUAUACAUAUUCUCAUUUGAAAAUCAGCUAGAAUUUGUUCGAAGCCCAAAAAUACAAUUUCAAACUUAUACUGAUACCUCAAAUUUAAAUUCAAUACUACCGAUUUGCUUAGAUCACAUUACUGAAGAAUGUAUUUUAAUAAUUGAUUCGCUAAUUGAUUUAAUUUAUGUAUUUGGUGAAGGAUUUUGUGUACAAGAAAUUCAAAAGUUGUUGAGAAAUAAAUUAAUAUUACAAAUAAUAACAGUUUUGCAUACAGAUGUAUUAUACAACGAAUUAAUUCCAAAAUAUUUCACGUUUUUAAGUACUCUUAAUAUAGUUGCAAAAAGUUCUGAUGUAAUAGAAUACACACAUAAACGAUUGAACGGGAAAGUAAUUAAAAAAUUAGUAAAAUUAAGUUAUAACAACAGAGUUUUAACAUCAAAAGAAAUAGAACUGAAUGAUUUACUACAAUCCGAAUCAAUUCCAUACCAGCCUAAUCCAGAUAAAUUAACAACUUUUAAAAUCGGUUUAGAAGAAAAUGAAAUUGAAUCUAGAAAUAAAUUAGUUUUACCCUACUUAAAAACGGAAGAAAAUAAAGGAAAACCUCAAGUUACAAUAGGAGAUAAUUCAGGAGGAAAAAUAUUAUAUUUACCAGACGAAUACGAUGAUUUUGACGAAGAAGAUCCAGAUGAUGACUUAGACGUUUAAUUUAUUAUUCUAUAAAAAUAUAUUUUUUCAAUCAA